AAAAACGGCACGAAAGCCAUGUUGGAGUUAGACCCUACCCUUUUUGUUUCGCUAUCACGACGCAGAUGUUUCGAAAGCAGCGCGAACCCUAGACUCUAUUUACAUUUCAUCAGCUGAUUUAUGUAGAAGGACUGGAAAUUCAGUGCUUCUUUUAUUUUGGGUUGUUAGCAGUUCUUCAUUCUGUUUUAUUCUGUCCUUCUGUUGAAACCGCUUAUAGCGGCUGACUCCAUCCUCAGUGAGCGGAUGACCGACCUGCACUGAGAUAGAGCGGCAGCCAUGUUGCGCCGACCGGCCGUCGGCUUGCUCCGCUGCAGUCGCCGCCAGUGCCCGCUGCUGGCACGACGGCUCAGCUCUGCGCAGCUGGCACAUGCGCUCAGGCCAUUCUACUUUGUGGUUCACCCUGACCUGUUUCAUCAGUAUCCUGACUUUAAGAAUGUGAAUGAAGGCUCUCUUCAGUUUCUCCAAGCUCACCUGGACAAGCUGCUGAACUCGAAGCGAGUGGCUCCGAGCACCGUAACGUUUUACGUUCGCGACGUCGAGCAGAAGGGGAACCGCGCACAAGCGGCUCCGGCGCCGGUGCAGAUCGCCCUGGCCCCGGACCUGAAGCGGACGGUUCGCACUGUCCUGGAACAGUGUCGGCUGCCCACCACCUACCUGGACAGUCUGCCGGCGGGACAGAGCGGCCGGCCGGCCCGCCCGCGCCGACCCACACCCCCCCUGGAUGACCUGUUUGCUGAGAUGGGUGCGGAGCCCGAGGCGCCGCCGCAGAGGCCCGAGAUGACCCUGUUCACGUGGCUGGCGCGCACCGGCGGCGAGACACGGCGCAGGGCGGCUGCGUCCGCGCGCACCCGCGCCGAGAUCGGCCGCCUGCGCGCCGCGCUCGUCUCGCGACUGCAUCUGUCAGCGAUGGAGUGGCGCUGUGGCUGGGGCGCUGAGCACUUCCGGGGGUGUCUGCGCAGCUUUGACACGCUGGUCAACCACCAUCCGGAUGUUAGUGAGCUGCUCAGAGACAAGACGGUGGUAUUCGGUAACGAGUCGGGCGUCAGUCUGGACGGCCACCUGAUCCUCAACAGCGGGGAGGUGAUCACCAACUGGAUCAGCGUGAUCCGGCGGUGCGCCGACGACAAGCUCUACCUGCAGAAGGUGCCGCACCUGCAGCGCGCCCUCUCCCGCCACCUGAGGGACAUCCAGGUGGUACACAGGAAGUUUCAGCCGAUCACCAUGGUGACCAGCUACGAGCAGCAGCUGCGCCGUCUGGUGACGAGCAUGGGCGACUUCUGGGGCAGCCAUGGCUACCCUCGCUCGUGGCCCGACAAACUCAGUCACCUACAGUUGGUGGUCGAAUCCGAGUCGGGGCCACUGUUCCUGUCACCCAUGGGUCAGAUCAUCGCCCCCUCCUCCUGUCCGCCUUCACUACUGGUUCGGUAUAUUACCGAUUGUAUGGUGGAAGCAGAACAGAAACUGGAAGAGUACACUCGUCUUUCUCACGAUGAGACGGCGGUGACGGCCGAGUGUGCGGCGGCGCUCGGUCUGCGCCGGCUGGAGAAGCAGGACAACAUUCUACCGCAGCAGAUGCUGGCCUGCUGCCGCCGACUGUUGGCACACCGGCACCGCCUGGCUCCAGUUCUGACCGACUGGCGUAUCUCUGUGGCGCACUACUACGCCGUGGACGGCGAUGGAGCGUGCACGCUACCGUGGGACUGGUUGGACUGAGGGGAGGGGUGGGUAGGAUUUAGGAGAGUGAUAGGGGAGGAUGUCUUGGGUUAGAGAGUGACAGAGGACCAAUUACCGGGACUGAGGGACAGUUGGGACCUUGUGAGAAUGGGUGUACUGAAGAACCUGUGAUGUGUGCGGAGGCGGACGGGGCAUUGCGAAUACUGUGACCUGCUGUAUGUGGAUUGACUAGAGGUGCUGUGUUAAAACUGAUUGGGCCACGUUACUUGUUUUGACCGUUAUUUCUGAAUUUGGGCUUGACGGUACGGUGGCAUUGUAGGGAUUCGGUUUAACAUAACUUGAUGUUUUUCUGGUCGGCCAGUUCCCUAGAUGUGAACCAUGCCUGAAUCCGUCGCUGGUUUGAACGACCUAGGAUAUACUCGUAUGUUUGUGACCUACCGCAUAGUGCAGUACUUUUCUUGUGAUUUGCAAAUGGAGCAAGUGAUUCGUGUACUUUUAGGCAGUUGAACGCAUUUCAGGACGUAGAUUGAGACAGAACAUAGUAUGAUGUCUCACGA